AUAGCCUAGUAGUACCUCAACAAUCAGAACGCAGCAUUGAUAGUAGACCACUAGUUGGAUACAGUUGUAUACUAUUAUAUACAGUCAAUUCCUUUAUAGGGGACACUGUAGGGACGUCGAGUUAGUGUCCUCUUUAUCGAGAGUCCGUAAUAGCAUGAGUUUAUUUCAAUCAAACGUCGGUAAUUUGUUUUUGCAGGGAAUUUAGCUACUGUCCGUUUUAUCGGGGUGUCAGCAAGGCAAGAGGUGACCGCAAGCCCUUCUGUUGAUAGGCCGUACUAAAACCCUUUGUCUGUAUACUGAAAGCGAAGCUCUCGUUAAUAUACUUAUACCGGUAAUUUACUCAAACUACACUGAAAAAAAAUAAAAUCGUGCAUGUAAUGCUAAACGGCGUCGGCAAUGAGAACAGCAAGAAACAUAAGUCUAAUUAGCCAUGAUAGAACUUUUGAACGUGCAGCACACUUGUUGGUACAUUUCUUUGCCGUUGUUGUCGCAGCGUGAAACUUCCUAGUGACACGUUUUAUAGAGAAACAAAAUUUACAAAAUCAUCGAUUUAUAUAGUAAUUUACUAGAAAUACGUAAAUCGCAAUACAGUAUGCGGCAAGAUAAGACAAUAGAGAAGAAAAUUUGUAAGUCUAAACAUUUUAGGCUAUAUAAAGAAACAAACCAAAACUGCAAUGACUAAAAAGAAAACUAAAGGAAAAAAACAAAACAAAACAACAACAAAAUAAGAGAGAGAGAGGGAGAAAGGCGAAGAGAAAACGGGUCUGCCCGACUUCGAACUCGGGACCUUCGACGCCGACGCGCCGGGCCACAUCGUAGGGCACUAGCCCCACCUGGAACAUACUAGAGUUGUCGAAAAUAUAUUAUUAAAACCCUUUCUUCUUCAACUUCGCUAGCACGACCUGUAUAAAGUUGAUCGAACCCCAUUAAACAUGAAUUAAAAGAUAUUUUUUCAGAAGAAUGGCUGCUGUUUGGACAGUGAAAACCAAACGUAAACGCAAUUCAUUGCAUUUAAAAAACGGAAGGCCAACUAAGCCGAUCAGUAUGGGCGGCCGUUACUGGCACCAAAGAUACAAUCAUAUCAAAAAGCACAGACAAAAUGCAAAUGGUUUAGUGAUGAAUUACGAAAUGGUUAAAAUAAUACAGAAAUGAUCAUUCUUAAAAUAAAACAGUCUGGUUGUUUUGUGUGAAAUGGCUCACCUAAACUACAAACGAUUUGGUCAGACGAGAAGCUGUUUACUGGUAGAUGUUAAAACGAUACGGCCACACAAGAAUCGGUACCAUGUGCGAAAUGAUCGAGCUUGAUAACGAACGAUCGGCUACCUGUUGCGUAAUGGAACUCACGCAAACAUUUGCAAAUUAAAUGGUUUAAAGCAUAUGCAAAUGAUUCAAUAUUAAUAAUGGUCGAAUGAUUUAAUCGAGAGACAAAUGGUUUAAAGCAUACGCAAAUGGUUCAAUGUAAUGUCGAUUGAUUUGAUCGGGAGACAAAUGGUUUAUAAUUGUUGGCGCCAAAACCACCAAAAAUACAAGACUGAAAUGGACAAGUCAAGACUGCAGUGGGGUCUGACGUAAUGUUCUUUAAUUAUCCAUAGAUGGCGCGAAAAGAUGUUGACAAUACUCCUACGCAGCUAUGCCUCUGAUCCCCGGACCGAUUGCAAUUCAUAUUCAAUUCAAUUCUUGAAGAGCAGUUUUGAUUUUUUGUACCUGUUUUUGUUUGUAGUUAGGAAGAUAGAACUGAAUGUGUAGGGAUUUGAAAUCAGCUGGGGUAGGGACGGGAUGUGUCGUCGACGCUGAUUUGUUGAAUAAAGAUAAACGCAAGGGUCCGGGAACUCGCUACUUUGUCAAUUUAUGUGAUCAGGAUUAAAGACUCCUCAUAAUAUACACUUGCUCAAUUUUUUUUUCUGAAUUUCACACAUGAGUUCGGUUUAGAUCCGCCGCCGCCUGGUUAGCUCAGUUGGGAGAGCACCGGUCUGUUGAGCGGGAGGUCGCGGGUUCAAGCCCCGGCCGGACCAACACUCAGGGUCUUAACAAUAACUGAGAAGAAAGUGCUGCCUUUGUAAUGACAUCUGCAAAUGGUUAGACUUUCUAGUCUUCUCGGAUAAGGACGAAAAACCGUAGGCCCCGUCUCACAAUCCUUGCCUAUAUUAAUACUGUGGGACGUUAAAGAACCCACACACUGUUCGUAAAGAGUAGGGCGGCGCUGUGGUCAACCUUGAUAUACGGAUCCUUCGCGUGAUGCUGUACAGGCUUUGCGAAGUAGUAUAGUAGAAGUAGUAGAAGUAGAAGUAGAUCGGUUUAGUCUGGAAGAAGAAACUGUUUGAAGCGGACAUGACGAGAAGCAGGGAGGAAGUAUUCACUUACACAGCUUUUUCGAGUCGUCGAGUUUCGUGAAGAUCGACACAAGAAAAGCUACCUUUGAGACUAGAGAAGAAGAGUUAAUGCCGUGAUAAUUGAGUAGCCACCCCAGACUUCCCUUCCCUAGCCCUUGGAUGGAAAUGUUAUUAGGUGGCAAAUUUAUUAACUGUAUGAUCAUGACUGUUUGCGCAUGAAACACAAACAAAAUGACCUGCAUAUUAUCAAACAAUGCGGUUGUUCAGACGUCUUAAAUGUAUGCGUACAUUAACAGGUUGCGUUGGUUCAUGCAAAUUACCAUCCAUUCAAGAAUAGAACAUUAGGCUUCCUCGGUAGUCAUACGCAGCCGUUUUUGUUUCGAUUUUAACGCAACGCGAAAACAACAAAAAAGAGCUGCGUGGGAGACUACUUCCUCCCUACCACUCUUCCUGUUCCCUUCAAAUAUAGUUACUCCUUUAUGAGACUUAAACAGAACACUGGAGGACCCUCCUUGGUGAAAUAAUUCAGCACCUGCCUUCAGACUGCAGGGGCAACGGCCAAAAUGUUCAAAGAAGCUAAACAGGAAUAAGCUCUGGCGAAUCGAAGUGAGCCAAUCUUUUCCCGCUUAAGCUACGUAAGCAUUGUUUCUUCUUGGGAGGUAAAGGGUCGGUUGAUUUUCUCUAGAAAUUUUUGAGCUGAUAAAGCACCAGCUAUGUGAGACUAUAGCCUUAGGCAAAGUUUACACUAUAGGUGGUUUUCAUGCAAUCUGGGAAGACAAAAAUAACAAUGGUGAAAUGAACAAAUGCUGGUGGACAAAAAAGCGAGUUAAUCAGCGAUCUUUUGUUUACCGUCCACCAGCAUGACGGCGAUGACGUAACGUGAAAACCACCUAUAUAGGAUAGCUUUUGAACGGGCACGAAAUCCAUACUGAAUAUUGGGCUCCUGCUCACACAUAAAUAAAUGGUAGCUUCUGUAAGCAAGGCUGAGCCGCGCUGUUCUCUAAAAGGCUGGUUUUAGUCGGAGUUUUAAGCGGAGUGGUAAGAGCGCUUUUGACCUAGUGAACAUCAAAAUUCGGAGAUGUAAGCGGAGUCAUAAAAGCGACGGAAUCGGAGUCAAAACGUUCCCAUUUCUUCCGAUUCCGCUUCCGACUCCAACGCUUACGUUACACUUAUGAUGUAGUGAAAACCAGAUUUUCUGAGUCUGAAACAGGAGCGGAAGAAUAAACAAAUCACAAUGCACGUCCCCACACUUUGUGAUUGGUUUAGUUCUUUCGCUUCUGCUUCCGACGUAGACAAUCUGGUUUUCACCAGAUAAGUGUAACUUGAGCCAUGGAGUCGGAAGCGGAAUCAGAACGCUGUUUUCACUAGAUCAAAAGCUUUACGCUUCUGAUUACAACUCCCACUCUGAUUCCGUCGCUAGUAAAAACCAGCCUUAAAGUGGAUGGCUUUUCGUGUCGAAAAGAAAACUGAGUUAAUGGACCCCUUGUAUGUGCCAAGCUCUAUUGUUUUGUUUUGUUUUGUUUUGUUUUUUUUUCUAAAUAGGUUUAUUAAUAGCUGAGCUCUCUCGCGCGAAGCGCGCACAGCGGAAUACCAUGCGUAAGAAAAUGAAGUAAUCUACCCAUCCGAGAAAAUUUGGAAAUCACGUGACCGUACACCGACCGCCGGACCGUCCGUCCGCAACACAGUCAUACCAAUGUAAAAUAACUCAAUCAACAGGUAUGGUAACCCAAAUACAACUCGAAGUUAUUUUGGUGGGAAAUCGCAUAGCCACAGGCGUCUUGUAAAGCAGGGACGACUAAAGAGUCAACAAAGACGAAAACGGAAAGCGGAAAUUGUUUCUGUAUCCGUGUUGUGUACAGUAAUUUUCAGGUUCGCAAAUUUGGAAUAUAGAGCAACGGAGAGACAGAGAAAAAGUGGAAGUAGGCGGCAGGCCAGCGAAGCUCAAUGAGAAAAAGGGCGACGGAGAUCUAAAGCGAGAGAUAAAAAACAAAGGAGACAUUUCUUUGUUGGAAGAACAACAUGAAAAUUUUGUAGCGGCAGUGACAAAAUGAGAAAUGCUAUCGACCACCAAUGCAGGGUGAAAACAAGCGGCCGAGAAAAAAAAGUGAACGAGAAAACGUACGACAUUAUUUUCCGCCAGAAAACGUGUAACUAUAAGGCCCAUUUCAAAUGUCGUGCUACUGCCGUGUCGAACUCAAUUGAUCGAAUUAAAUUGGACUUUAGCACGGCAGUAGUGCGACGUUUGAAACCAAGUCGUGCUACUGCCGUGUAGCACGGCAAGCCUUGCCGUGCUACACGGCAGUAGCUCGACUUGGUUUCAAAGGUCGUGCUGCCGCCGUGUCGAACUCUAUUAAUAAAUUAUAAAUACAUUAGAAUAUAUUUAAAGGUUUGCUAAACCGUUUCUUUAUUUUUGUGUUCUGCUUUCGGCAACAGCCGUUCUAUUCGACUGAAUUAAAUUCGACGUCUGAAACCAACUCGUGCUAGUGUCGUGCUGUAGUCAAGUUACAGUAGAGCCAGCUUAGCAAGGCAGUAGCACGACGUUUGCAAGAGGCCUAAGAACAGAGGGGAGUGGGGGGUUUGGGAGAGACGAGGUCUGGGACCGAGAAACGAUGUUCUCACAACUUGUAAAGCUGUCAGCCAGCGUAGUGGUCAGCGGAUAAUUACAGUAUUUUUCCCACAGUAAAUAUUUUUAGAAGCAAGAAGCGAACCGGCAGAGGAAAUCAGAAAUGCUUAAAAAAUUGAGAAAAAAUCAUGUCAUGCAUCUUUGUUUUUCUUGCACAUCGUUACUUUGUCUUUCGGUACUGAAGUGCGGAGGAAACUAAAACGCAACCGUGUUAGAUCUUAACCAACAACAACAAGCUCAAUGGAUUUAUUUAUAGGUUACAUCGUUUUAGCCCGGCAAGGAUAACUUGAUACUGAUACAAAUUACUGGAGCAAGUGUCAAAUUUAUCCGAAGCUAUUCAAGAGAGCUUUAUAAAUAUGAGCUUACUGCUCUACUUAUCAUAACUGAAUAAAAAUUAACACUUCAUAACAUUUUAAUAGACCUUUUUACCGAUACGGCGGCCAUAUUGAAUUAAUUAGAUUUAAGGAGUAUUAUGGGAUGCCCAGGGGGCAUGAGCACAUUUCGUUGGUAUUUUCGAGCGCCUUCUUGGAAAUUUGUUCUUAAAGUUUUCUCCGAAUAAGAUUGUAAUGUGAAAAAAGAUCCUUGUGCCGUCUUUGGAUGUAUGAUGAUCGCCUUUUUCUAGUUUAGUAUUAGAAAUAUGGUCUUUCACUCUAUAUUUCUUUGCAAAAAAGGCGAUCAUUAUAACAUCCAAACACGGCACAAGGAUCUUUUUUCCUAUCACAAUCUUAUUCUAAGAAAACUUUAAGAAAAAAUGUCCCGAAAAGCUCUCGAAAAUACAAACGAAAUGUGCUCAUGCCCCCUGAGCAUCCUAUAAUACUCCUUAAAUCCAAUUAAUUCAAUAUGGCCGCCGUAUCGGUAAAAAGGUCUACUCGUUUAUUUCGAUCAGUGAACGCCUUGAAUCCAAAGUUAAAAUUCAAAACGAUCCUAAUAAACAAAUCACAACUACUACUGAAAGCUCUGUACCUUGAAGCGACUUUAACUUUCCUAAGGUUUGCAGCAAAACACUGUUCGAUAGCUCAACUCUUCAGCGGUUCUUAGCAGCUGUACGGAGCUAUGUGUUGCAUAUUCCAAACUCUGCAGUGGGAAGUUGUUUAACAGAAAAAGAAAACCACACACUAAGUCUGAAAAGCUACAUAAAAUCAAUACAUUUGCGAAUUACCAAAAUAUAAUAGCGGAGCUCCGCGCGCGAAGCGCGCCAGCUGAGCACCAUGGGUAAAUAGAUCUACCCAUCCCAGAAAAUUUGGUAAUCACGUGACCGACCGAGCGACCGUCCGUCCGCACCACAGCCAUACCAAUGUUUACUCUCACUUUCUAGCUACUUUGGGAGCCCAGGAGAAAGCUGAUUGCAAAUCAAUGUUGUCAUCAAUUGACAGCUGUCAAAACAAGGUAUCCGCUGACCAAUAUCACCUGACCACAUCGCGGGCUCAGGUGUCGACCCAUCAAGGUCGAAUAUUUUUUUUUAAGUUAUCCGUUUUCAAAUGAUUGCAGGCUCACGUUUACUUUUUUAAAAAAUUAAUAUCAAAUAUGUUGUGUUUAAGUCAGUAUCGCCCCACAGUAUUACGAUUUUGAUUUCAAACUGACCUCAGACGCCAAAUGUCAGCCAGUUUUUUAAAAUACAAGCGGGGAAGACCUUUUCUUACCAUGGUCACGUGUUGGUCACGCUCCAUGUCCAAUUUUUAUGGUCUGAUUGGUUAAAAUUUGGCAGGUGAAUUCAUGCGUAAAAUUUAUGUAGCAUCUUUAAAGUUGUUUACUUUGACAGCUGAAGCUGACAGAGUUUUGAGUCAACUCGUGAUGUUUUUAACUGUCUUUUUCCACUGGAAGUACAAAAUGAAAUACAGCUGCUAUCAAGGGUGUUCUCUUAUUCAUGGCUGGUUUGUUUAUUCGGUCUUUGGUUGAGAAAUGCGUCGCUUGUCAAAGCCGAUAAUCCGACUUCGGAUGGCUUCGUUUUUGUUUUUCACCUUGCUGAAUGCGUACGUGAAUUAUAAAGGCUCAAGCGAUUCUUGCCUUACUUGAAAGCUUUCAGGAGCUGCAUCUCGAAAUAUGGUAAGCCUGAGUAAUUAUUGUAUUUAAAUAUAAUUUCAUGAAGUCCAUCGGCGCAGUUUAUGAAGCUGGUUUAUGCACGUUUGUAUUAAGAUUUGACUGAGACACUGAUCUGACCUAGGAGGUUUGAUAUAUAUAAGCUUAAGCUUACAGAUCUUUAAAAAGCCUUUAGUCGAUAUUAAUUCCCCGUAAAUAGAAAGAAAAAACUUUCUGAAGAAUAUUUAGUUAUAAUUUUGGCUGUAGAAAGAAAGCUUUGAGCAAUUUUCUUGUCGUGAGUUCAUCUUUGAAAACAGCAAACACCGGGAAACCGGCGGGUUAAAACAUAAACUUAAUCUUUAAGCUUACUAGUAAAGACUUGAGGAUUCUUAGAGACACUUAAAUACUCAUUUGUUUUCGUCAAUGAAAAUUGUUGUCUCUCUAAAUAUUCUACCGAAUUAUAUUUCUUUACUGAUUGUUGGUAGUCUGUUAGUCUGUUGGUAAGUGUAAUUUUCAUCGCUUUGCCGUUUUUUUUUCAGCCGUUCAUAAACAUCGCUUGCAGGAGUACUCAAAAUGCCAAGCGUAUCACACGCUUUUUAAGAUUACACAUCGUUAUAAAACCAUUAAUAAAAAAUAGACUCAAUAAAUUCUUUAUCACGUUGAAGCGUAACUCUUAAAAUUUCUUAGCAAAUUUGGCGCUUGUCAAAAUUUAGAACAGGCUGGCCGUAUAGGUGAUUUUGGAAAUUUUUUGAACGGUUUCGCUAAUUAAAGUCCACGCGUGCUUCGAUGGUCCUGAAUAUUGAAUGAACGCAAUUUGUCUUGAAAAAUUGUGAAAUACUGCAUUUUGUACGAGGUCUGUUUGAUAAAAACAGCGCCUCAUAGUACUCUUUCUCCUCUGAUGUGGUCUAUAAAAAGCAAUAAAAGAUUGGUUUGCACGCACUCAGAUUUAUUGGCAAGAAUUUGUAAACUUGUCGAACGCAAAAAAUUCUCUCUGAUUUGUUUUCCAAGAAUUUGUUUUCCACGCCUUAUCUACUGUGAUCAAGAGCCAUUAUUGCUCUUAAAUGUGACCGAAGACUAUUUUUUGGGUGUGCAUAUAAGGCUAUCUCAACUUGAUACAAAAUUUGUUUCACUCCAAAAUCACUUAGCUUUUGCCUCAAAAGUCACAUGAAUGUGCUCUUAAGUUAACUGAUUUGUGGAAUACAAAAUUAUUGUUUGAUUUAAGUUAUAUAUUUAACAAUGGGAGCUUCGCUUUUAGCUGUGGCUAAAUCUAUAUAUUAGUGAGAAACAGUGCCGUCUUCGACCGCCAUGUUUUUGUUUCUUCUCAAGACCGUUGAUCUAUGGUUUUUGACGUAAUGCGCAUGAUCAGUACACAAAUCCUCUGGCACGACCCUUGCUGAUCGCUUUGCAGGUUGUGAGAACAUCGUUUGGAUUUCAUUUGACAGCUUAGUGUAAAGACAACCAUUUUCAUCGAGAGAACUUCCACUCUUUAAGAUAGAUUAAAAUUUUAGUAACUAGUACAAAGUGUCCUACACAAUCUAAAAUGGUUAUUCGUGUUUUUUUUCUAAAACGCUUUUACCUACAAAUAUUAAUCAACAUAUCUAAUUACCCGUCUUAAAUUACACGCUAACUAUCCUCAUUAAAUAUUACUGAGAAAAAACAAAUUUUAAACAGUGAGUUUGAGAACGAAGGCCUUCCCCAUAAAGAGCUUUGUUUUCGUCACCCGACCGACCUUAUCGUUGGGAAAAUUAAAAAAAAAAAAAAAAACGAAAGGAAAAGAUGACUUAAUUCCUUUUUAAAUAAUCUAUAAGCAUAGCAUUCUUUUUAUGUGUGAACUCAGACGUAGUUACCUGAAUUAUUAAAUUGUAUUCAUUCUUUCUUAUCCGUCGUCGAAAGCGGAAUAUCGUUAUUGAAUUUCAUCACAAAUGCUGUUUUUAGAUAUAUAUUUUUUUAUUUUUACUUCAUUUUAUUUUAUUUCAUUUGCUAUUCCAAAGUACAACAAUUACAACAAUUACAAUUAUUAUCACAAAGCAUACAUGCACAAACUUACUACACACCUAAGCACACGUGCAAUUCCACAAUUGCCACACAAGGUAAUGCCUACUGUUAUUUUACAAGUGCUAUUCAAAAAAGAAGAAACUAAUCAUUUUUUCAAAAGAAGAAAAACUACCUAGAUUACAAAGUCCAUUUGUCCAUUAAGUUUUGUAAAUUCUUAUUCUUAGUGAAAAUUUAUUUUUCUAUUUCAUAUUUACCGUUUAUUCUAACUAUAAAACUGUUUAUGGUUGGGAGUAGUUCAUUCCUUCUGCAACUCCAUAAAUAUAUUUUCCCUAUAAGUAUAAGAUAAUUAAGCAAGGGGCAUUCAGAAGAUAAAAAGCCGAUCCAAAUUUCCUUUAAUGUUAGGUGAACUAGUUGUUUUCGCAACCCAAAAUAAUAUGAUUCAAUACAUUUCCAGAAUGAAUUCGAAUAAGGGCAGUCCCAAAAGAAAUGUCUAAUAGUUUCUGAUUCCCUUUUGCAAAAAGAGCACAAGUUGUCUGUCCUGUACCCAAUCUUGAACAACUUUGAGUUGGUUAAAAGUAUAGAAUUGAGUACUUUAAAUUGAAAGGCUUUGACAUAAGGUUCAAACGCGAUAGAAUGGGGCAAGAGAAAUGCCUUUCUGAGAUCGUCAUUAGAUAGAUUAAAAUCCAACUUCAGUUUUUGUGCAUAAUUUGGGAAACAAGCCUUCUUUUUGAUCAAAAAAGGAUAAUAAUCUUUUGAUUUCUUUUUUGCCAUGUCGAAAACGCCGCCAUUGAUUUUAAAGGAAGGUAUUGCAUUAAAGGUACUCGAAUCCGAGCGAUUAAGAACUCUUAAGUUGGUUGGUAUUGAAUGUCUCAUACUAGUCCAUUCAAGGAAGUUUGUCUUUUUAACAUUUUUUGCAAUCUGUUCGUAGGAUUCCGUUCGCUGAGAUCAAAAUGUACGUCUCCUAUUUCCCAGAUACCAAUGUUGUAAUAUUUCUUGUAGAAAAAGGGCUUGUCGUCUAUUCUAAAGUGAGAUAUUGCAACAUCACAUUUUCACGAUCUUUAUAGUACAAAAUACGAAAAUCCAUGAUGUACUGCAGUGCACUGAAAAACGAAUAGUAGUUAUACUAGAAGCUAAACGAGAAAGAACUCAGCCAUCAUCUCAUUAAAGGUAAAAUGAACCAAAAAAUUGACAUUUUUUUUAAAAAAUAUGUUUAUUGAUAAUCACAUUAAAUAAUUACAUUUACAAAACACACACACACACAUAAAAAAAACACUUUAACAAGAGACAUUAACAGAGUAAAGCAAAAAAAAAAUGUCAAAUUAUUACAGGAAGUGUUACAGGGCUAAAAGAAAUUGUAAAAAAGUACAACAGAGCAAUGAAAUAAUACGGAGUUAAUACUGUUAACUUAAAUAAGGCGUUGCUGAUUUUUUUCUUCUGUUUCAUAUUUAGCGAUGAUCUUGGCUCUAAAUCCAUAAAUGUUUGGAAGGAUUUGUUUGCUCCUGCAGUCCCACAAAUAGAGUUUUCCAAUAAUUAUAAAAUAGUUCAGCAAUUGAAGUAAAGGGCAAGCACUUUCCGUCAAAAUUCCAAAGAGCACAUUUUCCAAGCAGAGACGAAUUCGUUGAUUCGAAAUAAGGCACCAAUAUAGUUCAAAUUCAAUCCAAUACUGUUUAGAGCGUGAGCAGUGAUAGAACAAAUGCGUUAAUGAUUCAGGUUGAUUGUCACAGAAAGUACAUAAAUCAUUUGUCCUAAACCUAUAUUAUACAACUUUCUAUUUGUGUAAAGAAUUGAGUUAAUUACUUUGUACUGGAAGGCUUUAACAUACGAUUCGACAACGAUAGAGUGUGGCAGCUUAAGAGCAAGUCCAUGCAAAUAUCGACCAAAGUGCGGCAAGGCUCAAAAAAGAAAAAUCGCUCUUCUUUUGCAUACUGAUGGACUUUAGUAAGUGUACAAACGCCAUGUAGUUUUUUCUUCAAAAGAUCUGUUCCUUUCCGAGAAAAAUAAGAAAACCGUUUCAAGCCCCGCCGUCGAUUUCGACAAGCCGAAAACAGGGUUGAAAUUCACUAUGAUUCGCUCGACUUGCAUUUCAAAACAACCGCGCUAGGAAAAAAUCUUGUUGCUAACAUUGUAAGUAAUACUCGUCGUUGACCAAAAUAUAUAAUAUUUUUAGCAUUGCAACAGUCUGAGUAACUAUAAAAAAGCUAAAGCGUAUGUCUACCUGUUCUUCAACCACGGAAGGUAGUUGAAAAAAAGCCCCGAUUUUCAUCAUGUGCCUUUGAUCAGAAUUUUUCAGGACUGAAGGGGAAAACACUAAAAGCAUCAAACUAUUAUGUUAUGUUAAAAUCAUUUUGGGGAAAUCAUUUGAGCUUCUCAGAAAUUACUUGAAAUUCCUGUUACAGACAACAUAAAAUAACGCCAUUCAACACGUGAGUCACGCGACCACCACCAACCAACAAUUUGACUUUACAGUGACUUUAGGUUUCAAACGCUGGUAGCCUUGAUAUGUAGAACAAUUUUUUUGAAAAGCUCACUUUAACCUGUAUCUGUUGUACUUCAAGCUCCAAGUUUUUUCAUUUUGCCUUCUUAUCACCUAUGUUACCGUAGUCGUGAAGUCCGCUGGAAUGUGUUCGUUCACAUUGUAGCAUUGUGGAGGUGCGUGACAGCUUUCUGGUAAUUUCUUCAUCCCUCUGUUUUCUCUAAUGUUUUCAAGUUAACAUCUCAUGCUUGUUAAAAAUUUUGGGAAACCUGGACCUUAAAAAAGCCGUCUAUAAAAUAAAGCUCGGUAGUUUAACAAAGCAAAGUUCCGGCCUUGCUCGUGGAUCCGUUCACUUCUCGAAUCUCAUUUGCAUAGGAGUGUGCCAAGGGUCUACUUCCGGUGAAAUACACGUGACGAGCUUCACCGACUUUCACCCGUUACUUCCAGUACACUGAAGAAGAUUCAUCUUUCAUACUCCUCCUUCUUCAAAAAUACUCCAGUUGACAUUAUUUUACCCGAGAAUUAUCUUUAAUAUUUUGACGUUUUAGGCAUUUGAUUAACAUUAUUGAAUGAAAUUUAGUUUAAUUUGAUUCAACUGUUCAUUCCCACUUGAAAAAGAAAAAGAUCUUUGCAUAAACACUGUUUGUGCUCUCUUCUUCCAUGAAGCUAUGGAAGGUUCGUGCUCCUUCGAGUCAUUAGUAGCUAGUCUGUGUUCGUUUGAUGGAAGGGAUAAGCAGAGAUCAACUGGGAUUGUUCCUUUGUCGCUGUUAAACUAUUAAGGACGUAACUGCGCAUAGGUCGGUCUCUGUCUGGUAUUGAAAGCGAAACAGACUUUAUUUUGUCUCAGAACUGACCAGCCAGACCAUUCCUGUCACAAUAAUAAUUUCCCUUUUAAUCAAACUCUUCAGCUAGAUCAGUCAAAUCCGAAAUAGUAUGCUCGAAAGAGAACGUUUUCAGCAAAAACUCUUGGAAAAAUCCUACUUCAAUUUCAAAAUGACUGGUCGGACUAUGUUCCAGCCGGCAGUUCUGACACAUGGAAAGCGCCCUAAGUUCCUUUAAGAGAUAUGCCCUUUCCAUCGUUCUGAGCUCGGUAUUGGAUGACGACGGAACAGUUAUUCCAAUUCGUGCCAAGUUCCAAAGGAAAUAGCCAAUCACAUAAUUGAAAGAAGAGGGAAACCUGUUAAAGCCGGCAAAGGAGUUAGAGGAAGAACAUUUCAGAAUAUAUCUAUCAGCAAACCGGUAUCUUCAUUCCUGUAGGUUCAGGUACUCUUGGUUUAUUCAUUGUAUUAUAUUCUAAUAAGUCACUUGGAUUCAAUCCGCGAAUACUAUAUAAUGUUGACCAUAGUUGUCAACUCUCUUAGACAACUCAGAGUCUCCCGGGUACGGCACCAAUCCACCUAAUCUGUCCGAUAAAAUAAAACUUUCAGUUUUUCUUUUAGUUUGAAAUUAAACCCGAUUUCCCCUAGAGUAAAUAAUUAUUUUUGUAAAAGUUAAAGCUCAUAGUCCAGUUCUGAUGGCAUUUGUUGCUGUCGUUUGUUUGUGUUUUUUUUUUUUUUCUCUUUUACAUUUCCUUCAAACGACUAACUUGUACCUCAUUCAAGACAACGUGUGGGGGAUAUGGCGUCGGAUAGAACUCAACGAUUCCACAUUCGAACAGCAAAACAAGUGGUCGAUGCAACUCUUGGAGAGAUUGCAACCUCGUUCCCAGGGUUGUCUCCUACCCGCCCUACUGACGGACAGGUAGGAGAUUGCGCCAGAAGACGCUGAAAAACUCUGGGUAUCCUUAGUUCAAUCUCAAAUUGUAGCUCAGCAGACCAAUGACGAAGCCAUUGACUUCAAGCUCAGUAGCAAAUGCGCUUGCAGUGUUACAAGAACCCAAGACACUGGGGAUCACGAAGAGAAAUCUUAUCUAUUAGGGACGGACCAUUAGAAAAGUUAUGGGGGGAAUUUUUGAGCCGCAGGAAUUUUUUUUCGUUAUCAAAUUCCUUGUAUGGAAUUUUUUAGGCCGUAGCAUGAAUAUUUUUUAGGGUUAAUUGGCGUGCAUGAAUUUUUUCAUUUAAUUUUCCCUUGCGCGAAUAUUUUUUUUGUACUCCCCGCCGCCAAUAAGUUUUCUGAUGGUCCGUCCCUUAUGUCACUGAGACAAAAUGGAUUUCGAAACUUGCAAAACUGGCUUCCUGGUCUUACUCGGCACCGGUUAAAGAUCGCAAGGCACCAUCGGAUCCUUCAUGACCGAGGUUCUGUUGUCUCCGCUGUUUCAGAAGAAUGUAUUUUUUUUUGUUUUGGAAAUUGUCUUAUUUCAAAUUUACUAACAAAAAAAAACGUAAAUAAUGUUUGUUUCAAUUCACGAAAAGUGACAUCUAGCACAGCAGAAAGUACAUUAAUUUUGUCCUUUAUUAAGAAGGCACUCUGAAAUAACGCACGUGCAGGCCAGGAUUACCCACGUUCAGCCAACAACUGGAAGUUCUAUAUGUACACAAUUUUUUGUUAAGACAUCUUUUGAUUUGACAAUGCCGACGUCUCGAAGCAAUGAAAAUCUUCAGCGAGGCUACCAAUUAAAGUCUUCGUUUUCAAAAAUUUUAUAUUACACGCAUGUCUUACGUUUGCUUUUCGACUGCUUUUAGCGGAUCCUGACCCUGGGCCCCGGGAUCUUGACAGCUGUAAUCCGAUAUUAUCGUUGAAAGUAAUUUGCAUACUGAGGCACAAAACGUCCGUAGGGCGCUUUAUCCUUCAGAUUGGCGUUUCCUUCUGCGAUGUCCAGCAGCAUUUUGAGACAAAAGUUGUUGACAGAUAAGGAAGAGAGGGUUUACUACGUGUUGAAUUAACAUAAGCGAACUUCGUUAGAAAGCAUGCGUGUUGGUUAUGACUCUCAAACAGAGUUUAAUAUAGAAUGGCAAACUUGAACAGAUGACAACGGGAAACAUUUUGCCGUAAACCUAGACCUGAAACAAAGAAUAGGGUAAGUACUUUAACAUUUAGAACUUUGUGCGUGAAUAUUAGCAAGACUUUUUAGGACAGACGUUUGAUGACCUUUGCCUGGUCGACUGACGAUGGUCACGCAUUGUUAAAGAUGGCGUUACUUUAUGUUGUCUGUAAAACGAUUUUCAAAUAAUUUCUGAGAAGCUCAAAAUGAUUUCCCCAAAAUAAUUUUUACAUAACAUAAACGUUUGAUGCCUGUAGUGUAUUCCCCUUCAAUCUGAAAAAAUUCUGAUCAAAGGCACAUGAUGAAAAUCGUCGCUGUUUUCAACGACCUUUCGUGGGUAAACAUGAGGUAGCCGUACGCUUUAGUUUUUUUAUAAUUACUCAGACGGUUGUAAUGCUAAAAAUAUUAUAUCUUUUGAUCAACGACGAGUUAAACUUAACAUUUUAGCAAUAAGUUUUCUUCCUAGCGCGGUUGUAUUGGAACGCGAGUCCAGCGAAUCAUGAUGAAUUUCAACCCUGUUUUUGGCUUGCGAAAUCGACGGUGGGGCUUGAAACGGUUUUCUCCGUUUUUCUCGGAAAGGAACAGAUCUUUCGAAGAAAAAAAUACAUAGCGUUUGUAAACUUACUAAAGUCUACCAGUCUGCAAAAGAAGAGCGAUUUUGAUUUUUUGAGCCUUGCCACGAAUCGGCGAUUUUGGUCGAUUUUUGCAUGGAUUCGCUCUUAAAUAUUUGCUUCAGAUUGUCGCUGUUAAAAUGAAAGUUACUCUGUAAUUUUUGAAUAAUAUUGGGCGGUUUAACUUUUUCUCUGAUGAGUAGGUUGUAGUAAUCCUUUGAUUUCCCUUUCGUAACAUCAAAAUUAUUGUCACCCACCACAAAUGUUGGUGAGUUUAUGGAAGGAUACCUGUCAUAACUUCUUAACGAUAAUGGAAUGGGCCUGCGUAAGCCAGCCCAUUCUAAAAUAUUUGUUUUGCAUAUUUUUUUAGACAGUUGAUUAUAAGAAUCAGUACUGUUCAGACUAAAUAAAAGAUCCUGAAUGCAAAUGACUCUCGCAUUAACAUAAUGAUUAUAAUAAACCGGCUUGUUUUCUACUUUUAUUUCUUUGUUAUUCCAGAUUAUCGUUUUCCAAUCUUCUACAGUGGCAAACGUUUCACGAAAUUGCGACCACCAUAAAAAAAGUUCCUGAUAAAAUUGAGAAGGAAUUGUAUAAUCCGAGAUAUUGUAGUUGCAGUUAAAAAAGAACAAUCCCCCAACGGAGCUCAGUAUGUGUUGUAGGUAGCUUUUCCAAGUUCCAUUAGUCCCACUGAAGCUACGUUUUAACCAAGCUAAUCUCAAUGACUUAACCAUGCACUCGAGAUCAACCAUUCUUAGCCCUCCCUCUUCGUAUUCGUUUAUAACUGAAGCUCUUGUUACCUUAUCUACACCUUUCCAGAGAAAUUUAAACAGUAUUUUAUUCAAUUCUUUUAGUAAUUCCUUGGGAGUUGGAAGGAUCGAACAAAUGUAAAUGUACUUAGGGAUAAGAAAAGAUUUGAUUAUUGUCACCUUACCGUAUAUCGACAGGCCUCUAGCGGACCAUAUGUUAAUAAGUUUUUUAAUUGAAUCCAGUCUUUCUAUAAAAUUCUUUUCUUUAAGCAAUUUUUGGUCAUAAGUAAAAUAUACACCUAGAGCUUUUAUUGCCUCGUCCGGCCAUUUAAUACCGAAUGGUUUUUCUUUAUAAUGUCUCUUAGAUCCAAUCCACAUACCUUCAGUUUUUGAACAGUUAAUCUUGAGUCCAGAGAGAAUUUCGAAUUUGUUAAGUAGUCCAAAUUGACAUAUUUUCUUUUGUCGCUUUACCUUCACCAAACGCUAAAAAGAACCAUCCUAAGUGAGAUUUGGGUAAAGAUUAUUCUUCUCAAGCCUUUAUAGAAAGAUAAACGAUCAAUAUCCGAGCAUUUCCGAAAACUUCACGAAAACGUUUCUGAAAUGGCUGCGUGAUAGACUGGAGACUACGUGACUACGUGGUCUUUCAGGGCGGAAAAACGUUCGGCGCAAGCUUCUGCGCAUCCCUUAUCGCCUGCGUUUGUUUGUCUAGUUCUGUGAGAGUUCUGACUGAGACUGAAUGAAAUACAGGAGGUGUGAACGUUGCUCCUUGUAAAGGCUUUUUUUUGUUUUUGUUGUUGUUCUUGUUUUUUCGUCUCUUGAAAAUUACUUUGGAUUCAGAACAACCAAUGUUAGAGUUAAAACUGAUCAUCCGUCAGUCUGAGGAGGAAUAAAACGUUUUGAACAUUUCCAAAGAGGUUUGUAUUUUCCUGAUAAUUGUGCAUUCGAUUUGAGAAUUGAUUUUUUGUCCAGCGCUUCGCCUUCUUUCGCCGGACUGAAUUAAAACCCGCUUGUAUUCUCUUAUUAGUAGUGACGGUUACUUUUUUUAAAAUGCCCAGUUUUAUUUACCUUUGCAGAACCAGCUUUAUCCUUGUCUUAUGUCGGCAAAGAACCGUAAUGCUAACGUGCGAGUGAACCAACGUGAGCGCUUAAAACUUCCUCGGAACUUUAGAAGGCCAGCAAGCUUACUCGAGAAGAAAAGUGUACUUCGAUCAUUUUUCUGUUGCUCAAGUAAUAGUUGGACCAAUUUGCAUGCAUAAUCUCAUAACCAGUCAGAGUUUUUUUUCCUUUAGUCUUUCCAGUUUUAAUUACAUAGUUUUGUUAUCUAUCUGUCCGCAAAUUUUCCUUUCUCUCGCUGUGAAGUAGCGGAGAACGACAACUGCCGGCAGUGACUCCAAAACAAUCAACUCUUUGCCCGUAAACAAUUGCUGGAGCUGGAUUUGACUGAAGCGAGCAAAAGUAAUCCUUAUGUGCAGUUUUCUGUAUUUUCUAAUGAUUCAGUUUGCUGAGUUUAAUUUGCUUGAAUGAAGACCCUCGCAUGGACCAGUUAUUACUAAAAAGAAGUAGCUAAUUUAGCUAAGUAGUCGGAAUCAUGGCUUGGCUGCGACGCUUGCAGGGUCCUUGCAACUGAUCUUUUUCUUUCAAGAUCUUUAGGUAGGUUGUUUCCAUACAGAAAAUUCACUUCUUCUUUGUCAUCAGGUAUAAGAGCCUUAACCCUUAUGUUUUUUUAAUGAAAAUUUGUUGUUUUCCAACCUUAUUGAAGCUUUUUUUAGUUCACUUAAGCUGAAUUUUAUGCAUGAUGGAAUUGUUCUUUGCUUGUCGCAUCUCUUUGCCAGCUUAAAGUGGCGUCUAUGGUCCUUAAAGUGACCUCAAUCGGUAAGUAAAUCUUAUACAUAAUUGGAAAGAAGUUUUUGCAAUAAUAUAACUUUAACUUUGUUUGAAGGAAAUCUUACUAACGCGUAGGUUUUUAACAAGUGUUAUGCAUGUUCAACUUGACAACACAUGCAAAGCAAAAUUAAUCUGCGCGAAACGAUCAAGUUUAGAAAACUAUGGUUGCUUUGAAACCGAUCUUGGGGAAGAUUUACUAGAUAAAGAUUAACUCUUUUUCUGCCCUCAUAUCAACGCCAAAACUUCUACAUUGAGGAUUUUGUUUACAUUUUAGUGAUCUGCGAAGCUAGAAGUGUCCGAUCGAGCGUGGGUUUUAAAAUAUCAGCUCGAGUGCGACAAAGUUCAGUGACUUCAAAGACAUUGUGGGCAAACUUGAAUUUCUUUGGGCAGAUUAUUAUACAAAGAUGUAUUCUGUUUUUGUGUCCACCGUGGAGCUCCGGACCUUAUAUAUCCAGGAACUUCCUUAUAUGAACACAUUUUGUGAAUGCAUCUUGAAAAAAAUCGGACUUAAGCACGCACAUUUCCAGUACAACUCAAGGAAAUUAGUAAAUGUCCUUAAAGUCAGUUUUACUAUGAUGUAUUCUUCGAGGAAAUUAAAUAAUAAGAAGGUUAUAACCACAGCUUGCAACUUUUGAAGACAAAUUGCCUGUUCUUUCCAGGUUUAUGGCCGCACAAACCACUUCUGCACCAAGUCCACUCGAAAAACUCUGUUUUGAAUUUCCCGCUUUUUUUCACCUGACCAACAUUGACGUCACAAACUGUUUUUUCCGACAAUUUUUCCGACCGCUCUACGAAGAUAAGGGCCAAAAAACAGCAAUUUUUAAAUGCGAAUAUCUCGGAGAUACUUGCUUCAAUUGAGCUGAAACUUCAUAGUAUGUUUAUUUGGUUCAUAUUAAACACAUUUCACUAGAAUUGAACUAAAAUAAAAAAUGUCCAAUUUUUGGUUCAUUUGACCUUUAAGUACUGGGACCUCAGAACCUCUGUCAGUAAUCUACUGUAGAGGGUGAAAUACGAAAUAAAUUGAAAAAAAGGAUAAAAUGAAUAAAAAGCAACAAGCUUAUACAUGCUUAAGUUCUGUUGCGUCGGACUGUUUCUCGGUCAACAGCUGCAUUAAAAGACUGGUGAAAAUUAAGCUUGCCAGGUCGUUCAAGUCAGUACGCGAGUACGACGUUAAUACUGCAAAGACGUUCUGAUUUGGUGAAUUUGGAAUGCCUUCUCAGAGAGAUUUUGCUUAGGUUUUCAGUACGCUUCUUGUCGGCUAUGCGAAUCUCACAAACUGUUUUACUCCUUGCUGACGAUAGUUCUUUCAGCAACGUCAUCUGCUUCAUCUGAAGAUGCCCCGCGCACGCAUGAAUUCGCCGAAUUUCCGCAGAAGUGUUUUCGGAUGACGAUGAAUCUAGUUUGUUGUAGCGUGGCAGUUGUGGUGUCACAAUGUCGUCAUGUCUCUUCGCACUUGCUUGUCUUUUUUUCUUUUGCGGUGCAUGGUUGAGAUGUUGGUGAAUGCUGGACAAGAAAUGGAUUCUGGGAGAGACUGUAAGUACAAAUUUAGUAUUAAUUUGGUAAAGAAAAAGCCUGAAUAUCGAACAAAUCUCGUGAAUUAUCCUUUUGGGAUUCAGUUUAUCUUGCUUCUGAGCAUGCCUAAGAACCCUCAGGCAUAAGUGGUUGUCGACUCGUUCACUCCGGAUUGUUUCUGUUUGUACGUCUUGUAAUCUUCUUCUGCUGUUAAGAAGACUAGAGAAAACUUCAAAAAUAUAGAAACCAAAGCUAAAAACAAGUCAGAUCUAAUUUUAUAGCUCGAGCAUAAUUAUUUUUGGCACCUACGGUCAUGUUUUUUCAGUACUGGUAAGGUUACUUAUUUUUGCUACAUAGUUUGACUGUUGUUUGAAAGACAAUCAAACGGAUUACAAUCACUUUUGGAGACAAAAUAAAAUAUCCGUAAAUCAAAUGCCAAAAUCAAAUUUGGAUUUCGCAUUUAAUAAAAAUGAACAUGCUGCAGGUGUCAAUGCAAAGUUCUAAAAACAACUCAAUAAGCAGUCUGUGAAUGUGUGUUUAGGUCCAGAACCCUAAUUUUUCUUUUGGAUGUCCCAUCCAAGCAACGACUAAUGCCUUACAUUGCUUGUCUACGAGUACUAAACAAAAUGCUUUACUACAGUAAGCCUCUUUGAGGCGAUUCUGGUAAAUUUAUACGACGCUAAAAUGCAAAAAUCCUAAGCUUAAACAACCUUGCUGGGUCCGAUUUUUGAAUUACAAAAUGUUCACGUUUGCCGGCUCUUCUUUAAAUGAACAUGGUUUUUGAAAUGAUUUUGUACUAUUUUAACCCGAAAAUUAUGAUUGGGUUAAAAGCUUUUAAAACGGACGAAAACUAAGCUAAUAAACAUGUUCAAUGUAAAAAACUAAGUUUUAGUCGCUUUUUUAACUUUGCUUUGUGGGCCGAAAAAUUUACCUUUACGCAAAAACAAAAGCAAACAAUGAGGCUUUUAUUCGACAUAUUUUCUGAGAAUUUUAUCUGAUCAGUUUAAUGUCAGUAGCAUUGUUUUCGUAUAGGAACUUUCCUAAUUAUGAGCUUUUAAUUUAAUAAUUUUGAUACUUUAUAAACUUCUCAUUUGACAGCUUCACUUUUUUAUUCUCCGAUUGAGAAACAAAUUCGCUGUCGUUAAAUCCUAUUUUAUGACCUAUUUAUUAGAACUCUAGGUAACAUGUGAAAUGAUGUAACCGGACAGGCUUUAACCUUUGGUCCUAAUGUAUUUUUUCUUUAAAACCCCUAAUCAGUUGACGGGCCAUGAGAAAAUAUCGCCACAAAGAUGCCAGAAAGUUUUCGCUGAGUUUCCUUUAUGUAUUCCGGCUUUAUAUGGGUCCACACCUUACCUGCUUAAAAAUGAAACUGUUGCUCAAGUGUCAGUCAAACUCGGGAUAAUCUUGACUUGCAAACCCAAAUGCAAAGGUUUAUUUCGCAGUAUAAAAGCGUGUAAACAUCAUCGAACAACGCAAUGUAAAUUGGCUAAUGUGAAACCCCUUUCCUUUACUUUAUUUACCAUGCAUUUUUUUUUAUCUCAAUUGCACACUCUUGUGAAAUUAGCCUCAGACAAUUAGUUGCGACCUUUAACAGACUCAACAAGCCAGUAUGAAAAUAUGUUAAGAGAAGCUGAGCUCUACAUGUUCUAUUUCUUUUUUUCAUAUUGCCCUUGCAUUUGUUAACAUUCCAUUUCUUUUUUGUUACAGGUAACGUCCAGACAUGACGAGGAGAUAAUUACUUCAAGUUCUAGAGAGCAAUUCUUUGAUACUGUCAGUUACUACUGACUUACUUUGAGUUAAAAACAAAGAACACAGACACUGGUAAUGACACAUAAACAAUAAUCCCCGGCAAACCUACAAAACAAGAAAGAGGAACUCAGACUCCUUAUCAAAAUGUGAAACAAGAUAAAAACAGCUUUUCUGCAACGUAGGGAAAAUUGCGUUAGUGAGAUUUGUAAUUGCAACGUUACAUUCAAGCACAUUGCAUUGUCAAACAUCAUAAUUUACUGAAUAAUGGACAGUGAUUUUGGAGCUUAGCUCAGUUUGUAAUGAACUUUGAAAGAUAUUCUAUAACCUUGUAUUUUUAAAAGCUUUCAUGAAACAUACAUCCAUUUUAUUAUACAAUGAAAAUAGUCUCUGUCUCUAUUUUUACUGAUUUCAGUCAAUUCCAUUUUAUUCGCAAUGUGAAAUGAGAAUCCUAUUAAAGAGACUCAUUAAAAGGAGUGAGGAGUUUAUACAAUUCCCCAAUAGGUCAGCUCCACGAUGACGCUGUUUUAUUACUAUGGCAGAAUCCCUCAGGAUUUUACUUUCCUUUGAAAAUUAGAGCUUUUCUUAUUUAAACUUCGCUGGGACAACCAAAUGUAUAAAAAUGAAAGGAAUAGCAACGACGUCAUCGUGUAAAUGACUUAUAAACCGUACAUCAAAACAUAAGCACGAUGAUCUGUUGAGUUUUUUUUUUUCCUAGCCAGGCUUAAAAUAUCUGUAGAUUCAAGGAAUUAUAACCCGUGCGUUGAGAGCAUGCCAGAGACCGAUUUUGGCACUCCCAGCAUGCCGGAGAUUUUGGCACGCUGGGCAUGCUGGGUAUGAAUUACUUAUUACUAGAACCUAGGCUUCUUGAGGCGUGGGUGAGAAGGUCACGGAGCCUCUAAUUAUGCUUACUCUGCUUACUCUCUGCGAAACUCUGUUGCAUGCCAAUUUCAAUGCAAAACCACUCUGGGUCCACCCCCUCUAUUACCAGUGAGCAAAUCAUUGACGAUGGGCAAGGGAAAAAUCCUUGCAUGCUAACCAACAUUGAAAACGUAGCAGAAAUGUCCUCUGUUGUCAAGUCAUGCCUAAGGGGAGGCUUUAAAGUACAGAAUUUCCUGACAUGGACGAGGGAAUUUUCUGUAAACAGCAUGUGAUCAUGCCGGCUAGGAAGUAUUGCAGCCGUAUUGCCCCUUUUUACAGCUAGCUAGGCUCAUUUUUAGGCUCCAUGGCCUGAAAUGACAAAAAAUUUAUGCCCUCGAUGUAAAAAGCCCAAAAAAAUCCUCGAAAUUUUAGUUUCCAAGCCGUUUUUAUCUGUAGAUUUUUUUAUUCUAAAGGAAUUCUACAUGCACAGUUACAGCUGACUUAAACAAUUUUAAAGACACAAAGUAUGCUAAUAAAUAAUUAACUAUAUAAUAAAGACGUCAAGGGAUGUUCAAAUUAACUGAUGACUAAGCCCGGAUGACAUUUUCUGCUUUUCCAUGAUAACUAGCCGUCCAAUCGCAGUCGGGAGCGGUUCAUUCCCCAUCAAGGCCUUCAGUAUGGCAAGUCGCUUAGCUGUGUUAGCGCUCUUACUGGUUUGUGUUGUUUGGGGAGCUUGGCUAAACUACGUUGCAAAUACACUCGUUGAAGGUGAGGUGAACAUUUUUAGUUAAUGCUAUCCCGGAUAUAUUUAUCUCUUUACUGAUAAACCAAGCCAGACUGGGAGGGCUUGUACUGUCGCAAUUUGUAAUAAUCAUCGCACUCUGUAGUACCUGUUGCAAUUUGUAAUAAAUUCAUUGCACUUUGUAAUACCUGUCGCAAUUUGUAAUAAACCGAGCCACACUUUGUAAUAAAAAAGCUGUCGCAAUUUGUAAUACUGUCCAUCGCACUUUGUAAUAAACUAAGCUGUCGUAAUUUGAAAUAAUUCCAUCGCACUUUGUUAUAAACUUAAAUUAUUUUCUUUGGUCAAACAUGCAUGUCUUCCGUUAUAAAUAUUUCUGCCUUGAUUAAUCACGUGACCAACGAGAAUCGCUUUUUUUAAUGAAAGACAUGAAACUUCCUGUGACAUGUCACCAAAAAAAGGAUAUGAAUCAUUUCAUAUAUUUGAAUUCAAAAUACCCUGGCAUUCGUCGUCCAAACCCAUGUUCAGUUUGCUUGCCACGUGACACGUGAAGUCUUGGAUGCAGGGGGGAUAAUCGGCAUAUAUGGGCUAGGUAGGUAACUACCGCCAAGGAUCGCGCACCUUAAAUAGGGUAUAUAUUUCUUACUUGUUGGCUUUGUGUCUUUGUCCUUAGAUAGGGUAAUUCAAGUAGUAAUGGAUGAUUUGGUUUAUUAUCCUUUCCAUUUUGUGAAAAAAAGAAAUCCUGAGCUUUCUCGGAAGAAUUGCAAGGUGUUACAUGUUGCCCGCGGGGAAGGACAAUUUUUUACUAUCCCCACGAUAUUUGGCUUAGAGGGCCCCAUAGAAAAAAAAUGUUUUAACAUGGAAUGAUACUCCUUUUGUUCCUAUAUGGGACCAAAUAAAGAGAGAAUAAUGGACCAAGUGGUCAGCCGGCUCAGUGUAUGACCCCACGUGAGUUUUAUAAAAACAGGUACAUACAAAGGUAUUGGCCAGCGACUAAUCCGAUUUCGUGUUUAUGUUUCUGUUGUGGUUCGACAGUGUUACAGGCCUCGCCUGAUUAAGCUAGUCAAAAUAUGGAAGCCAGUAUUACUUCUUUUAAGAUUGCGCGUUAGAUAAGGACGGUGUUGUGUCGACCUAUUGUAAGAUCUAAAACGGAAAGCUUGAACUUUCCUGGUGUCCUUAAUUGAAUGAUGUAAGGAUGGAUGUUACGAUUUGUGGAAAUUAAAUGCUUUUAAUAAUAGCUCGUUUGUGUCUAGUGUGUCUAGAUUUUGUACUCGUACAAUGCUGUGUCUAGCCUCCCCACAGACUUCCUUUAUGGUUCGUUCGUCACGCAUCCAUUUCUUCCCCAUGUGUGACGAACGAACCCCAAAGGACGUUUGCGGGGAGGCUAUGCUGUGUCUUGAGGCACAUCCCCGUAUUGGCCAUAUAAGGGAGUACGCCCCCGCCUCUCCCGGGUAACCAUGUAGUACAAUAGCAAGGUUUAAGAAUACAGAAUUUCGUAAGUCAGAUAACUAAUCAACAUUGAUGAAAAUAAAAUGUUUAAUCCCAACCCCCCCGCCCACUCGCCGAGGACCUCAAGGACCGUGAAUAAAGUUACAUGGUUUGAAUAAGCGGAGAUAUAAAUUAUAUAAGUAAUUUUUAACAAUUAUUACUCGAGCCCGAAUGGACUCUGAGUCAAUAGCCCAUGAGGCCCAAGGCCGAAUGGGCUAUUAACUCAGAUGCCAUAAGGGCUCGAGGAAUAAUUGUUUUAGUAAAAUCCAACUAGUUGGUCAAAAAUAUCGAGAAUAAAAAAAAAAAUUAGCUAGUUAAAGCUACACCUUAAUCCUUUUUGCGGCCAAAAAGCCCGCGCUUUUCGCUACUAGUGGGCUAUAACAUAUAGCCUGGUAGUAACUCAACCAAUCAGAACGCAGCAUUGAUAAUAGACCACUAGUUGGAUUUUACUGAUGUAAGCUACGUGCUUGCAGACGUCAUCAUAUUUGUUUAUAAAAUACCAUUCAUGUUAUUAUUUUUAAUGUUGACGAAGUUUGAAUCACUCUCAAAAAUUAUUACAAAGUGCCAUGGAAUUAUUACAAAUUGCGACAGCUUAGUUUAUUACAAAGUACGAUGGACAGUUAUGACAAAUUGCGACAGCUUUUUUAUUACAAAGUCCGACACGGUUUAUUGAAAUUGCGACAGGUAUUACAAAGUGCGAUGAAUUUGUUAGAAAUUGCGAGAGGUAUAUAUUACAAAGUGCGAUGAUUAUUACAAAUUGCGACACUACAGGGCUUCCCCUAGUUUUCUGUCUCCAAUAUGGCAGCAGGUCGUUGCUUCUCCAUGUUAGCACUUUUGCUGGUUUGUGCUGUAUGGGGAGCUUGGCUGAACUACAUCGCAACUGCACUAAAAGGUAGGAAUAAAGUAUAUUGACUGAAAUAUAAGCAUACACAUAUGUCUUGUUGGAUCCCGAAGGGUUUUCUUUUCUUUUUUUUUUUUUUUUCAACUGAGAUUUUCAGUUACUUAUUGUUAGAGUGCUAAAGACCAAAUCGAUAUUUACAAUUGUAACUUGUAUGCCGCCCGAGAGCACAAACUCGUUACAUUAGCAACUUGUGCAAUCGCAUAUUACCAGUGAGUGUUAAUUUUGCCAACACCUUUAUAGACUUGACUGCAAAACCUUCGCUUCAGGCCUUUUGUUAGACUGCUUGCGAUCGCACGCGCUCGUUCUUGAUCAUUGGGGGCAACUAUAGGCUGUUUUGCAAUCUAACUCCUUUGUAAACUUAAGUAGCUGCUAAAGCACCGACUUCUUCCCAGUGUAUACCUUCACAACAUGCAUAGGAUAAACGUGUCUGACUUCUUUCUCUAUAUUCUAAAGUACUGCACUCAGUCUUAUGAUCAGAAGGACGUCCUCGGCCCACUUAAAAGACUCUGCUGUUUGGCAUAGCGCCUUGCAAAUGAAUUUUCAUAUAAAGCUAGUUGUGAAGCGCCUAUAUUAAGUUUCAAAUCAAGAGCCUUAAUUUUUUCCUUUUUAGAUCAAUGCACUCAAAAUCGAGCAACUGAGCCUCGGGUAAAGCCGCUCAACAGAUAACAAGCCACAAAAAGUGGUUUACCAGUGUUAAAGGUUCAACUUCAUCUUGUUGAAUAUCAGGAUAACCUUGAAAAAAAAAAAAAAAACUUCGAGAGCAAAAUGACGGUGCGUUUGUAAUUACACUGUACUAUUUGCAUCGUGUCAUAGAUAUUAAAUAUUAGGCGCGUCUAAAAUUUAAGUGCUUUUGAUAACAAUAAUCACGCUCCUUAAGUGAAAAACACAAGUUCCAAAUAUCUUUUUAGGUUAGUAGAAAAACUCUGAAUCUCUUUAAUAGACGAAGGUUUUUUAAGCCUUUCGUGAGUUUUAGAAAUUUCUAGGCCAGAAAAAUAAACAAUAAUUAAUGAAAAAGGCUUCGGGUGCCCCUGAUCAUUGGGUUAAUUAACGCAUGUAUUUUCAUUAGGUCGAUCUCAAAAUAUAUUAAAUUUGUCAUUGUUUCUUCCUACCACCUACUUUUAGUCCCUCCUUUUAAUUUAGGGUCUAAAAACAGGAAGUAGCUUUCUACGGUUGCAUUAUAAAGUAUAUAAAUAAAGGGAUUUCCCUGGCAUGUCGUAUCAGGCAGGAAUGCGUCAAAAUGGGACCAGAAAUGUCCUUUGUUGUUAAAUUCGACAACACCAAAUUCUAUUCAGUGAUAACGCCAAAUGCGAUGUCUUGGCAUCAAAUUGUGUCACACCAACUGUUCUACCUCGUGGUUUCAAAUUUGUUUGCGCCAAAUCUUGUGCUGUGUGCCAAUUUCUAUAACGCCAAAUUCUGUCUCACCAAAUUCAGUAGUACACCAAUUUUUACUCAGUAACAUCAAAUUCUGUUCCAUUGCACGGAAUUCAGAAACAGCAAAUUCAGCACUCAAUUUAAUCGACGGACAGCAAAAUCUGUCAGUGCGCACAAAAAAUUGCAAAUCCAACAACUUCAAAUUCUAGACGCUUCUGAUUACAACUCCGACUCCUACUCCGUCUCUAGUGAAAAGCAGCCUUAAAGUGGAUGGCUUUUCGUGCUGGCAAGAACACUGAGUUAAUGGACUCCAUGUAUGUGCCAAGCUCUAUUGUUUUUCUAUUUUCAAAAUAGGUUUAUUAAUAGAGGACAGGGGCACCCAAAGUCAAUUUUCGGAAAAUAUGUGUUCGGAAGACGAUUUGAGAUCUAGAAUUUUCGGAACAUUUCUUGUAAAAUUUGUUGCUUGCCUGCCUCUCCUGGGAUUUUCAAACAUCUAAAAACUGGUAAAAUUGCCCAUUUUUAACGGAUUUUUAACGUAAAAAGGUCACCUCUAGAAUUUUCGGGAACCUUUUUCCUGGCUGAGAUUUUCAAAAAAGAUAAGUUUUGAUCCCUAUAGUUUUCGGAUCACUAGACUUUCAGCUUGGAAAUCUGAACACAUGAAAAAUUUUUACGGGAUAAAAAUAUGCCUAUAUCUACCGUUUAAACACUAAAAUACGCUUAUCAAUGCUAUGUUUAAGUGGUUUUGAACUAUAUUCUCGUUGGGUGCACCUGAUUCAUUUCUUAGAGUAACAUUAUUCCGUUAUCAUCAUCGAGUCUCGGCGUAAAGAGAAAACACUAUUUUGUAAGCUCUAGUAACAUAUUUUUAGUCCAGAAAAUCUUGCUUAAAAUUUUGCUUAAUCCUGGGUUAACUUAACCAUCUUUCGAGGAACCGGGCCCAAAACUUGUACUAAAUUUCUAGGUGUCUUUGGCCCUCCCUGACUGAGUUCUUUGCAGUGAGAAAUGGCUUCGGUUAUUCGAGCCUUGUUCGAGUACCCGUUUUUGCAAUUCAUUGCCUUUAUAGUCGGUCAUUGAAUUCUCUCUUAAUUUUGUAAAUUUCUGUUUCAGGAAAUUGCCGUCAAAACAACCGACGCAUCACAUUUCUGACACCAGUCAGAGGUUUCUACCUUGAAGGACACGUGGUUUCAAAUCAUUCCGUGGAACUAAACCUAGAUUGCCAAGUUCAAUGCGCCCUUGCGAGGGAAUGUGUUUCAUAUAAUAUGGGUCCAACGAUCAACAGUAAGUUGGUCUGUGAAUUUAGUUAUUCAGAUCACUUGCAGCACCCAGAAGAUCUCAAACCAAGAAAAGACUGGAUCUACAGAGGCACACAGGUAGGACUUUCAAUGGCUCAACCCAACUUUAAGAAUUCACUAUCACUAUGUAGUAACGAUUUCAUUGAAUUUUAUUUGAAAACGGUAUCAGUUAUAAAGUUAAUGACUCUACUGGAGAUGCAUGCAAUAUAGGUUGGUUCACACUAGCCAUUAUACCCUUGAGUAAAUGCCUAUUAACCACGGGGAAGCAACUUUUUUGGUGUCCGAUUUUCCCGAAAUGAAAUUAUUGCUGGGAAAAUUUCCAUGGAUACAUAAAAAAGAACAGAAGAUGAUGAUAACAAACUAAGAUGUUGAUUUUUCCAUUCAUUUCUUUCAAAUUAGAAUCUUUGCGCCACGAACCCCUGUCUGAACCACGGGACAUGCUACAUGGGAUAUACUGAGAAAAAAUACGUUUGUGUUUGCCCAGCUGACUUUAGAGGUGAAAACUGCGAAGGUAAAACGUGUUCUGUUAACUUCAGUACAACCUUGUAAUUGCUAUAAUUCUCUUAUUUACAACAAGGGUUUAUGACACACAAAAACAAGUAUUAUGAUCAGUGAAACGAUGCAAGAAGAUUCUCCGGGGCGACAAUGGAGUGUUGCAGAAAAUGCAAUUAAUUUCAAGACGCUGUUAAAGUCUUGUUGAUGUUUUUUUGGGGGGUGAGAACUUGAAGGAGAGCGUGCUAUUUGUAAUUUUUUGUGGCUACCUUUAACUUCCAACAUUUGGGGUGGAACACCCAUGAAUUCGGACAGUUUCGUUUCUCGUAACCAAUCAAAUCAGUACCAAUCCCAAACUUUCAAUGGUCCCCCGUGGGGUAGUGCCUAAGAAAGAUGGCAUCUGGUGCCUUAUCACUGAUAUCUCUUCUCUCCUCGGUUCUUCAAUUUAUUAUUACAUAACUAAGGAAGCCUUCACAUUGCAUUACGCUACCUUCCACCAAGCUCUCUCUCUAGUUGCACAUCAUCACGGCCGUCAUGGCCAAACUAGAUCAAACACGCCUUCCGACACUGCUCAGUCUGCCCGGAGAACCGAGAGCCACUCAGCAUCCAGUGGCAGGGCAACUUUUACAUCGAUCUCCGCCACCCCUUUAGCUUGCGAUCCCUUUCCUUACCCCUUGCCCCUACUUCUGUAAUCACUUUGCCGACGCCCUUGAGUGGCUCCUGAAGAACAACUAUCACAUUCAAGACCUCAUGCAUGAAAGUGAUAACUAUUUUACCGUUGGUUCUGCCAAUUCUUCGGUGCGCGCCCACAGUGUGGAAACCAUCCCAGAUGUAGCUUGUCAAGUGGGCAUACCCCUGAUUCCAGACAAACUUGUAGGACCCACAACCCGCUUGGUUUUUCUAGCUAAGUACCCUCACCGUCCUUGCUGAAUCUCAAUUCUCCCCCCGCCCCCGAUCAGCAUAUUAUCUCCAUAAAUAUAGGUAUCACAAGAGCCCUAUAUUGCACAGAAACAAUUUCCAAAGAUUCUUGUGUACCCCUAACCUGAUCAUUAGCUCAUAAAACCUGACUAUUAGCCCAAAUACUUCCCAAAAAAAAAAGAAGCCAAUCACAUGUCACCCGGCUACUUUUAAUACAUUCUCAAAAUUCUCCAUAUUCUUCGCCACGGUUUGCUAUUUUGACAAAAUUAAUGGUAAAGUCAUCUCCAUCCGUCUGACAGUUUACAAUUUCUAUGCGGUGUACCGGGCAUAUUGAAUAAUCAAGCUCCCGCAUGAUGUGAAAAUUAUCAUUCUAAAAUUAAUUGUGGACACCUUCUCUCUGUAGCUGGGUUAUGGUUAUCAUGCAGCCAUUUAAAGAAGGGAGACCCUGCAACAGCAAGUGGAAAUUACAAUAUUGAUCCAGAUGGCGAGGGAGGUCUGGAGCCAUUCUCAGUGUACUGUGACAUGACCAACAAGAACGAAGUUGGUGUGACAGUCAUAAGUCACGACAGCGAGAGCAGGAUUACUGUGGCUGGAUAUGAAGAUAAAGGUAGUUACUCACGUGAUAUUAAUUACACAGGAGCGAGUCUAUCUCAGCUCGCCCGUCUCACCAUUGUUUCCUCACACUGCGAACAGUUUAUCAAGUACGAGUGUCACCACUCAGGUUUUUGGUAUGAAGCCGAUCCAGAUGGAUGGUGGGUGUCACGUGAUUCUACUAAGAUGACCUAUUGGGGUGGAGCUUCACCUGGAAGUGCCAAGUGUGCAUGCGGGAUGAACAAUUCAUGCGCAAAUCCCAACAAAGGCUGCAACUGUGAUGCGAAUGACGAUGUAUGGCGUGAAGACAGCGGUCUCCUCACUGACAAGACAAAGCUUCUAGUAAAACAGCUCAGGUUUGGUGAUACAGGUGGAGGUAAUGAGAAAGGCUACCACACUCUUGGAAAAUUCAAGUGUUAUGGCACAGCAUAA